AUGCUGCACCCAAUAUUCUUACUAGUGUUAUUUCGCUUUUUUGGCCUCGCUGAUGCCAAAGCUCUGUCCGGGGUGUUCACCAACUUAUCAAUUGAUCCUCCAUCAUAUCCAUUUCCGGAAACGCUAUGGAACGCAAACCUUGAUUAUGCUAUAACUGGAGCCAUGGCCGCGGCCCAGGGUGAUACAUUCAGCAUCACCAUGCCAAAUGUGUUCAAAUUAUACGGUUCCGUGACGAUUGGGUCGAGCAGCUACAUCCCCAUAUCAGAUCAGAACGGUGCUACUUUUGCGAACUGUGCCAUCAACAAUGGUUUUAUUGACUCGUCAACAUCCUCUUUAAUGUGCACUGUCAGCAGAAACAACAUACAAACGGUUUCAGGAACCAUUACCUUCAAUUUUGUGUUUGCCGAUGGUGGUUCUUCAUCACCUGGAGCUCUGGCGGCUGCCAAUAAGUGGAAAAUUGGUGUCAAUACGGUGACUUGGGACUCUUUAUCGGCCACCGUCUCUCUAGACUAUAAUCCGCAAAUCACCGCGUUAGCAACUGCUUCCAAUUUUAAUGGUUAUGAUGACCAAUUACCUGCAACGGGUACACUUCAAUUCGCAUACUACUUGGGGCGUGCCUGUAGCAAAGCCUUCAAUGAAGUGAUGACCAUCGUUUUUACAGGCUCCCCCAACAAUGUGGGUAGUCUGGACAACUGCAAAAAUGUUCAAGUUUCCAUGGCCAGUGCGUUCAACAGUUGGAACAUGCCCUUGAGUGCUACUAGUGCGCCCAGUGGUUACAAGCUUUCUUGUUCCGGUAACACGGUUGUCGUAAGCGCUAGCAGUAUCCCUGCCGGCUACCAUCUUUUCGUCAAUGCCUAUCAAGUAAUUGAUAGAAGUUAUACGGGGACCAGCUCCCUUUACUUUCAAAAUACAUAUCGUGAGAGUUUCAUUUGCGGUGCAAGUACGAUUGCAACGGCGUAUGCUAAGCGUGUUAAUUUUUACGCUGGAACAGCGAGCGGAGGUGGGUCUGGGGUUUAUAUUACGCCGACUACUACGACCUCUGGGUGGUCUGGCUCGUUCACGACAAUGACUACUUCCACUGUGGCUUUCACUGGGUCAGAUGGAAAUUUAAGUCCGCAGCCGUUAGUGAUCAUCGAAGUCCCAACAAAGGGUUUCAGCUCUACAGCUUACAGUGCUUGGACCGGUGAGGCAACUUCCACUUACGGCACCUCUUUACUAAGCUCAACCGGUAAAGAUGGCACCAUCACCGUCCAAACAAUCUACUACGUUGAGACCCCGAUAGUGAAUGUCGUCAGCACGACGAUCACUCCAUGGACAGGAUCUGUGACAUCCACAUAUUCUACCAGCGCAUCGACAUUCACCGGGUCUGACGGCAAACAAACGAUACAGACCGUAUAUUACGUCAAGACCCCAAUAGUGAAUGUCAUCAGCACGACAAUUACUCCAUGGGCAGGAUCUGUGACAUCCACAUAUUCUACCAGCGCAUCGACAUUCACCGGGUCUGACGGUAAGCAAACGAUACAGACGGUAUAUUACGUUGAGACCCCAAUAGUGAAUGUCAUCAGCACGACGAUCACUCCAUGGGCAGGAUCUGUGACAUCUACCUAUUCUACUAGUGCGUCGACAUUCACUGGGUCGGAUGGUAAGCAAACAAUUCGAACAAUCUACUACGUGGAGACCCCAAUAGUGAAUGUCAUCAGCACGACAAUUACUCCAUGGGCAGGAUCUGUGACAUCCACAUAUUCUACCAGCGCAUCGACAUUCACCGGGUCUGACGGUAAGCAAACGAUACAGACGGUAUAUUACGUUGAGACCCCAAUAGUGAAUGUCAUCAGCACGACGAUCACUCCAUGGGCAGGAUCUGUGACAUCCACAUAUUCUACCAGCGCAUCGACAUUCACUGGGUCGGAUGGCAAACAAACGAUACAGACCGUGUAUUACGUUGAGACCCCAAUAGUGAACUCGACUGUGACGACCGGAUGGACAGGUAAAAUCACUUCGACCUACUCCACUCAACUCACAACGUUUACU